AUGCAGGGCAUAGAAGCAUCUGAAUCAAUUUUGGCUAACGAUGUCGUUCAUAAGAGGAAAUCGAUUAUGGACAGCGAAUCAAUUGUAGACGAAGAAGAUGAGGCAAGUGAGUCUGGUUUUUGCUUUGAUGACUUGUGUGAUCAUCAACAAGAGAGGUUCCAGCUUUCUGGUGUCGAAGAAAUGGUUGAUUUGUUCCAAAGGUGGGCAGAUGUUCAUGACAAGCAAGUUGCACACCAUUUGCUCGGUACAAUGUCUCAACGAGUACAGAGUAAGAGGAAGCAGCAAAAGUCCCCUAAAGCUUGGAAAUUUAAGUUCAAAAGGAGGACAUUGAGUAGUUUCAUGCCAACAUUUGGACAGCCUAUACUCUGA